AUGACCAUCACCCGCGGCCUCUCCUCCCUCCUCGCCAAGGCCCCCACCGACGUCGUCAUCCUCGCCGCCCGCCGCACCCCCGUCUGCCGCUCCUCCCGCGGCCACCUCAAGGACGCCUACCCCGAACAGCUCCUCUCCGCCGCCGUCCGCGGCGUCCUCGACGCCACCCCGGGCGUCGACCCCUUAACCGCCGUCCAAGACGUCGCCGUCGGCGUCGUCCUCUCCGAGCUCGGCGGCAGCAAGGCCGCCCGCAUGGCCCUCCGCGACGCCGGCCUCCCCAACGAAUCCUCCCUCUACACCGUCAACCGCGCCUGCGCCUCCUCUCUGCAGGCCGUCGCCGCCGUCGCCGGCCAAAUCCGCGGCGGCACCAUUUCCGGCGGCAUCGCCGCCGGCAUGGAGAGCAUGACGCGCAACUACGGCAGCCGCGCCAUCCCCGUCGACGUCUGGCCCGCCCUCAAGACCUCGCCCGUCGAGGACGCCCGCGACUGCAUCAUGCCCAUGGGCCUCACCAGCGAGAUCGUCGCCGCUAAAUUCGGCGUCUCCCGCGCCGACCAGGACGCCUUCGCCGUCGAGUCCCACCACCGCGCCGCCCGCGCCCAGGCGUCGGGCGCUUUCGACGCUGAAAUCGUCCCCGUCGAGACCGAGUUCCAAGAGGUUGACCGCAAGGGCGAGCCCGUCGGCGAGAGGCAGACCAUUACCGUCACCCGCGACGACGGCGUCCGCGCCGACGUUAACCUCGAAAAGCUCGCCAAGCUCAAGCCCGCCUUCAAGCCCGACGGCGCCUCCACCGCCGGUAACUCCUCCCAGGUCUCGGACGGCGCCGCCGCCGUCCUCCUCAUGACGCGUGCUCGCGCCCACGAGCUCGGUCUCGCCGGUAGCAUCAUGGGUAAGUUCGCCUCCGCCCUCUCCGUCGGCUGCCGCCCCCAGGAGAUGGGCAUCGGUCCUGCCGUUGCCGUCCCCCGCCUCCUCGGCCUCUACGGCCUCGAGACCAAGGACAUUGGCCGCUGGGAGCUCAACGAGGCCUUUGCCAGCCAGAGCAUCCACUGCCUCAGGGCCCUCGGCAUCGAGGAGCAGUGGAAGGAUGGCAAGGUCAACCCCGACGGUGGCGCCAUCGCCCUCGGUCACCCCCUCGGCGCUACCGGUGCUAGGUUGGUCAGCACCCUCAUGCACGGCAUGCGCAGGGAUGGCAGCGAGGUCGGUGUCGUGAGCAUGUGCAUCGGCACGGGUAUGGGCAUGGCCGGUCUCUUUGUUAGGGAGUAA